AUGGAGUCAGCCAGCAUAGAACUCAACCCGAAGCAAGCUGGCACUCAGGAGAGCACGCCAAUUGACAGGGCACUGGAAAAGAAACUCGUCCGGAAGCUGGAUUUUCGUGUAAUUCCUAUUCUCUGGUUUCUGUUUCUUGUUUCUUUCUUCGAUCGCUCGAAUAUCGGAAAUGCGAAGAUUGCGGGUAUGACGCAGGCGCUGAAAUUGAAGGGUAACGAUUACAACAUCGCGGUCACGAUAUUCACCGUCUCCUAUGUAGUUUUUGGUGUUCCAGCCAAUUUGUUGGUCAAAAAGAUUGGACCGAAGAUUCUCGCCGUUUACAUGUUCUGUUGGGGCCUUUUCGUUCUCGGACAAGGUCUUACCAAAACAACAUCGGGUUUGAUAGCUUGUCGAUUUUUUAUGGGCAUGUUCGAGGCAGGAUUUGUUCCCGGAUGCGCCUAUUUGAUUGGAUGCUACUACAAGCGCAACGAGUUCUUGCGCCGAUAUGCUGUCUUCUUCAGUGCAAACAUGGCUGCUGGAGCUUUCAACGGCUUGUUUUCUACUCUGUUGCAGAAAUUAGACGGAAAAGGGGGUCUUGAAGCGUGGCAAUGGAUUUUUGUGAUGGAAGCCAUCAUCACCUUGGUUGUUAGCAUUUUCGGGUUCUUCAUCAUCGUGCCAUUCCCCGAAAAUGCAUCCUUCCUGACUGCGGACGAGAAAGCCCUUCUCAUGGCAAGAAUAGAGGAAGAUGGAGGAAGUGUUCGUGACGAUGACAUUACCCUGCAGCGUGUGCUGCCGAUGCUUGCGGACUGGAAAAUCUGGCUCUGUGUCCUCGGUUAUAUGGCCGCUGAGGAAACUGCCAGCUCCCUGGUCGCGUUUCAGCCUACUAUCUUGAAAGAUUUGGGCUGGACUGCAAGCUCAGCUCAAUGGCACACCAUCCCUGUUUAUGCGACAGCGUUUGUGUUUACCCUAAGUAGUGCAUGGCUCAGCGACUAUCUCAAUCAUCGCUACCUGUUCACUGUCUUCGGGUCCUUGUUGAUAAUCAUUGGCUGGGCUAUCCAGUUGGCGCACACCAGCCCACCAGGAGUACUCUACACGGCCAUGUUCUUCGUCUCGGUCGGCGCUUUCAUCAACAUGUCCACUCUGGUGGUCUGGCUGUGCACAAACUUGGGUAAGGGUGUCAAGCGAACCGUUGGGAUGGGAAUUCUUACUGGGUUUGGAAACUGCGGCGCUUUCGUGUCUGGAAACGUCUUUAUCACUAACCAGAGUCCCAAGUACCCAGUCGGCUUUGGCGUUGGCCUCGCCUUUGGCGUUAUGGGACUCGUUGCGAACUCGCUCUACUUUGCGUUCCUGUUCUACGAGAAUCGCCGGCGUAACAGGGCGGAGAAAACAGUUGCGAGGACCUAUACUACAGAAGAGAACAAGCAGAUGCAGAACCUGGGUGACGGCCAUCCCGAUUUCCGUUACCAGUUGUAA